AUGUCAAAAGUCACCCAAACCAAAGUCAACGCAUUAUUGUAUUGGGCUCAAAAUGCCACGAAAAACUACGAUAACGUGGACAUUAAAUCUUUUUCAUCUCCAUCAUUUGCUGACGGACUUGCUUGGUGUGCCAUCAUUCAUCACUUUAGACCUGAUCUCAUUGAUUAUGCAUCCUUGUCACGAAGCGAUCCCAAGAAAAAUCUUGAACUUGCAUUUAGAGUUGCUGAAAAAGAAUUAGGAUGUACACAAUAUUUAGAAGUGGAUGAUUUACUAAGUAGUUCGCGUCCAGAACCAAAAUCCAUUCAACUCCAACUCAACGAAUAUCGAAGAGUGUUAGGAAGUGCCAACGAAAUUCACAGAAAAAAUUCCGAUUUUGGAGAUCUUAUCACAGAUUACGAGCAAAGUCAAUCAGCUCUUAAAAGAAGUGUCACCAUGCCAUCGAAAAGUCUUGAAAAUCCAGAAACUCCUCUCAACAAAAGCCCAGCUUCCUCAAAAACAUCAGCGCUCUCUGUACAAUCUUCUCUGGGUACUAGUAAGCUUUCUGUACAAUCCUCAAUGAAUACGACUAGUAGCAGCACCUCAGAGCCAAAGACUGGAAUUGUGGCACGAGAAGUCUAUUCGAAUACUUCGAGUCCAGUCAUUUCUGUCACACAACCCACAGUCGAAGGACUUUCUUUGGAGGAAGCAAAGAAAAAGAUCAAAGAUUUGUACGAAGAAAUUUCAUCACUCAAAACCGAUGCUGAUAAUAUCAAGAGAGAAAAUAGUAAUUUGAGUUUAAUGUUUCAAGAAGCCAAGCACACGAAAGAAGAAACUGAAACUGUUUUUAGACAACAAAAUGAAUCUCUCAAACAAAAGGUUAGCCAACAACGGCAAGAUUUGGAAAAUGAACGAAAUGCUAAACAGAAUUUAGAAAAUUCGAUUGCAAAACUGAAAGAUGACAUUGAAAAUUACAAAAAGGAAAUUUCUGAAAAUAAGAAGAAACUUGAAAGUCUUGAAAAAGAGAAACAAUCUAACAAGGAUACCAAAUCUGUGGACGAAUUACAAAAACAAGUUACCGAUCUAACGAAUCAAGUGAAACACAAAGAAAGAAUAAUCACACAACUCGAAACAGAGAAAACAUCAUCCUUCCAAAAUUUACAAAAAGUAUUAGCCGAGAAGGAAAAGGAAAUGCAAAGCAUGAAGAACAGUUUGAAAAACAUGACCGAACAAGCAGAUGCCAUGAAACAAGAACGAGAAAAACUUGAAACUCAAAUCAAAACGUUGAGUGGACAAUCGAACAAUGACAUGAAAAAAUUAGAAGAAACUAUUCAACAAUUAACACGAGAAAAACAAACUGCAGAACGUGCUGUAAAAGAUACACAAAUGCAAAUGGAUGAUAUUACUAAAAAAUUGAGCAAGACUGAGAAGGAUUUGGAAGAGACAAGAAAAACUCUCGAUACCAAACUAAAGGAAUCUCAGCAAUUGCAACAAGAGGCCAAAUCAUUGAAAGAACAACAAUCAAAAUUUUCACAAGAUGUCACAGAGAAACAAAAGAAUCAAGAAAAAGAACAAUCAUUGAUCAAGGAAAAUCAAGAAAAACUCUUAAAAGAAAAACAAAAACUGGAAAAGGAAUUGGAAGACAUUAAGAAACAACUUUCCAAGCAGCAAGAAUCCUCAAAAGAGCUCGAAAAACUUCGCAUUGAAAAUAAGAAAUUGGAGGAGACCAUUAACAAACUCACUUCUGAAUGUACUACAUUGAAGAAGGAAGUUGAAAAGGUGAACAAAUCAAAAGAGGAAGCUGAAUCUGCACUCAAACGUCAAUUACAUGAAUUAGAUGAAAAACAUCAACAAGAACUUGCUCAAACCUUGGAAAAAUCAAAAUUGAAUUCCUCUCAAAAACAAUCCAUUCUCGAUUUACAACUUGAAGAUUUAAGGGAACGAUGUGCAGAUUUAAAGAAGGAAAAGGAAUCUGUUGAGAAUGAACUCAAACAAUUGGAAUCUAAAAAAAAUCAAGAAAUUGAAGAUUAUAAGAAGAAGAUUUCGAAUCUCGAGUCUGAAUUGAAGAACAACAGCUCAACCAAGUCUGUCACAUCGACAACAACCACACCAACAACUACAUCACCAGGUAUUUCCCCUAAUUUAUCAAAAUUAAUCGAGCAAGAGAGACAAGAACGUUUCAUAUUGGAUCAAUCCAUUAUUUGUUUCGAUGCUUGUACUUUCACACAUCAAAUUCCAACUCCUGUGAAACCCAUUUUCUAUGCCUUGUGUCACUGGCUGGAGUCAAGUGAGACCUUUGGAGUCAAUUUGGUCUCCACUUUGAAUUACAAAUUCAAUUCAUACAUUUCAACAGAUUUAGAAAAGUCAUGUUAUUGGCUGAAUGUCAUGGUUCGUCUCAUUCACAUGCUCAAACUAGAACCAGAAUACGAAAAGAAGAUGAAAGCCAUUUUGAAGAGCAAUAUUUUGGAAAAGGACUUUUCAGCACCACUCUCCAACCAAGAUACAUUCAAAUCGAGAGCACCUGUAUUCUUGAAUUACAAAUAUUCACAACAACUUGUUACUCAAGACUCUAAAUCACAACCAUCAUCAACAAGCCCAUCUGUGGAUAAGUUUUUAAUUUCUCUGGCUCAAUUGACCUAUGAUUGCUACUUUGAAUGUAUUUACCACAUGCUUCUCAAAGCAAAACCCUUAAUUUUGGAAAAGAUGUUUGGAUUGACUCCAACCAAUUCAAUUCCAUUACUUGGAAAAAUUACUGGAGAUGUGAAAAUUGACGUCAUUGUUCGAAACAUGUCACAUUGGAUGGAUCAAAUCAAGAAUAGUUUAUUAGACACUCGAUUAAUUGUUCACAUGUUUGAAGUCUUGGCAAAAUUACUGGACUCUUUAAUUUUCAAUCAAUUUAUUUCAUCCAUCAGCUCAGAAAGACUUAAAAGCAAGAAUGUGAAUCAGUUGAGAGAUUUAUCCAUGAAUCAUGCCAUCCAUCUUAAAAUGUCUGUCUCCUUCUUGGAGAGUUUCUUCUUUGAGGAACAUUUAACUGCUGGAUUGAACAUUCAAGAUUUAUUCCAUCAAACAAGAGAAGGAGCAGAUGUUUGUGUGUUGGGCCAAAAAGAUCUUCUCCAACAAGGCAAUGAUUUACGUGAUAUCGUAUGUCCACAUCUCUCCACUCCACAAAUUUCCAUUCUUUUAUUGGAAUCUUCCAUGACUGCACAAGAUUUAAUCAUACCAAAAUUAUCAUCGAAUGGUUACACAGAUCCCAACACAUUUUCCAAACAAACUUCUCCACUUUUUGAUUUUGAAAACAAAUUCAUGAGUACUGCUACACUUCACACCGUUCAAUAUCCAUCCAUUUUGGAAAAUUGUAACAAACAAGAAUAUUUCUUUUUGUUCACAAAAUCGAACAUGAUGGGUCAAAAGAAUACUCAGAGCCUUUCGAACAUGUCAUCCUCUAGCACAUUGAAUGAAAGUACUUUCACAUCGACUCCAACCAAGAAUGCACAAAAAUCAUCGAUCCGAGACGAUGAAGAAUAUGACGUGAGUGCAUCGUCAUGGGCCAGUUACAAACACAAUGGUGGUGCACUUCUCUCGAAUGAGCGUUCAACAUUAUCGACGUCAUCGGCUUCUUCGCCAAGUAAAUCCUCGAGUAGUAGUGCUACAUCAAGCAAGAAAUCAAAGAGUGGAUUGAAUAUGGAUAAUGGUUUGUUUGAUUGA